CCGCCCCGGUGGGACAUGACGAUGUGCAGAGCGGUCCAUCGUCAGAGCGGUCCAUCGCCAGAGCGGUCCAUCGCCAGAGCGGUCCAUCGCCAGAGCGGUCCAUCGCCAGAGCGGUCCAUCGUCAGAGCGGUCCAUUGCCAGAGCGGUCCAUUGCCAGAGCGGUCCAUCGUCAGAGCGGUCCAUCGCCAGAGCGGUCCAUCGCCAGAGCGGUCCAUCGCCAGAGCGGUCCAUCGUCAGAGCGGUCCAUUGCCAGAGCGGUCCAUUGUCAGAGCGGUCCAUCGUCAGAGCGGUCCAUCGUCAGAGCGGUCCAUCGUCAGAGCGGUCCAUCGUCAGAGCGGUCCAUCGUCAGAGCGGUCCAUCGUCAGAGCGGUCCAUCGUCAGAGCGGUCCAUCGUCAGAGCGGUCCAUCGCCAGAGCGGUCCAUCGUCAGAGCGGUCCAUCGCCAGAUCAAAUGGCUUCAAAUAACAAAAAAAUGAAAAUGUCUGAACCUCAUAAUACCAAGGAAGAACACUGUCACCGAUUGUCCUUUUCUAGCGGAGACUCAGGCCGAACAGAUAAAGGGGAAAUCACCUGUACCGAACCUGGCAACAUAAUAGAAGUUCUCAGAAGAAAUGAGAUCUUCUGUAAAUUAAUGAAAAAGGUGAAGGGGAGAGAAGUUGUCAUUGUGAAUGAAAAAGGGGCCAUAGCGGAGCACUUUCCAUGUUGCUUAAUUAAGAAAGAUGAGCUCCUCGUUAUAUUCACUUUCCCUAAAUCUAAAACACCGGCCAUAGAUGAGAAAAGGGAACUUGCACAGGGAAAAGAGCAACAGCAAAAAUCCUCAUUUGUCACUUUCUGUGUUGGGGUAACAGGUGGGAAAAAUAUCACAAGCAAGGAGGUACUUAAACACCCAAAACAUAAGCAUUUUAGCCCUCUGUGUAUCUAUGCAAAAUGUGGGGAUACAGUCAAGUCAGCUCUGGAAGCAGAUGGGCGUUUCUCAGACAUAGUGUUUGCAGAAACAUGUACACUUUGUGAGGAACCCCAAAAACAAACAAAUAUUACUAUGUCCACUGUAGUAAACAAGCUAAAAGAUCGCAGAUUUCAAAUUUUUCUAAAGGAACCAACAAACAGAGAAGUGCUUGGCACCACAAAAUCAAAGAUUUCUGACACAAGAUUCAAAUCUGAGGGUGACACCACACAACCCUCUCAGUCCAACUCAAGUGCAAAAUCGGAGGAGGGGCCCUCUCAGUCCAACUCAAGUGCAAAAUCGGAGGAGGGGCCCUCUGUGGGAAAUAUGACACAGGAGCGACAGGAAAUACAGGCAAAUAAGAAACAAAAAUACAUUCCCAUGCCAGAUUCUAGGGAAAUUCAUCAGAUCUUAUGCGACCAGUUUAAACGUUUACAAGAUCACAUGAAGAGUAGGUAUCCACAGGAGAAAUCUGAGUCUGAAGUGAUAGAGUUGAUGAGGGAGGAAUUUGGUAAGAAACCGGAGAGUUUUACUGAAGUGUACAGGUUAACAGAGCUGGCAGAAGUGACCACCUCAGUCUGUAAGGUCGAGCACGAAUUCAUCGAAGGAACAGGUUUCCUGCUGUUCGAUAACUUCAUCCUGACAAAUGGUCAUUUGUUCAAGGAUGAAGGUGUACUUCAGGGAAAGAGACUGUCGGUUCCCACAACUGUCACGUUUAAUUUUGACAACCCACUUGGAUCAGGUCAGUGGAAGGUAAAUGUUAAACCAGAAGUGGUUGCCCUCCAAUAUGGAGUUGAUAGGUGGAGGCGUCAGGUUGACUAUGCCAUACUGGAGUUGAGUACCCCAUUAAAAGGCUAUAAGUUGCCUCCAGGUGUCCUUCAGAAGUAUGGCCCAGUCCCUCAGACAGGUGGGAUCUACAUCGUUGGCCAUCCAGAUGGAGGCGUUAAAAAGAUGGACUCCACGACCAUAAUAGAGGUGGAACAAAGAAAUGCAGCUGAGAUCAAACAUUUAGGAGAGAACGAGAGCUCCAUCAUGUCAAUCAAAGAAAGCAUUUUGGGUGAUGAGUUGGACAAAGAGUUUAAUGAGCAGAUAAUGCAGGGAAUCUGA